AUGGACAUUCCAGGCGGUAAAAAACAACAUUUUCGACACCUUCUUUACUUCGCCUUUCGCCGAGGUCAAAAAGCCACCGAAGCUGCUCGGGAUAUUUGCGCCGUGUAUGGAGAGGAUGCUAUAACUGCGAGGACUGCUCGAAAUUGGUUUGCCAAAUUCAAAAAUGGCAAUUUCGACCUGGACGACUCUCUCCGCUCUGGUCGACCUUCUGACUUCGACGAGGAUAGUCUCAAAGCGCUUUUGAAGGAAGACGAGAAAAAUCUCUAUAUAGCCCAGCUUCAUCGAGUAAAAGAGGCUAUUCAACUGAAAAGACCUCAUCGACGAGGCCAAGUCAUCCUGCUUCACGACAACACACGGCCUCACACAGCAAACAUCGUCAAAGCCGCCCUCCAAGAGCUCGAUUGGGAAGUCCUUCAGCACCCACCGUACUCUCCGGACCUUGCGCCAACAGAUUAUCACCUUUUCCGCUCGCUGUCGAACCAAAUGCGAGGUGUUACCUUCGACAACAACGAGGACCUCGAAAAUUGGCUCAACAACUUCUUCGAGUCCAGGCCCGGCGGUUUUUGGCAAAACGGUAUUAACAAGUUGGUCGAGAGGUGGGAGCAGGUCGUAAACAAUGACGGAGAAUACAUAGUUGAUUAA